AUGUCUGCCAACGCGCUCACCCGAGCCUUCCCCAAGGCGCUCAAGGAGGUCCGUCUGCACCUCUGCCAGACCGGUCAGGCCUCGGCCGGUGCGAGAAAGUUCCUCGAGUCCAACUACAAGCCCAUCAAGCAGUCGAACCCGGACGUGCCGUUCCUGGUGCGAGAGGCGAGCGGUACGCCUGCGCGCGCCUUUGCGCGAUUCGAGCGUGGCGUGGAGAAGCGCGUCGAGCUCGACGGCCUCAGCUCCGCCGAUGUCGAGAAGAAGAUCGGCGAGCUGCUGUCGUCGUCGGCAUAA